CGUUCGUUGCCAUUGCCAAAGAGGCUAUUGCUAUGUUGAUUCUCAACUCAACUUUUCGUUUUCGGUUUUAUCUGCGAUUUCUAUUUAAUUAGUAUUGUUUGGAACUCUAAUUUUAAGGAAAACUUUAUUGUUUAAGAUAAAUUAGUUUAUAUUUUACGAACAAUGUCAAAAAAAUCUUGUAAUUUGUGAAAAUAAACAAUAGUGCGGCGGUCUCCAGAAGAUAAAAUACCAUGCCGAUGGAACUUUUUCAAUAAAAAAACCACGGUAACAAGCCUUAUUCUUCAGCUUUCUUGAUAUGAUGGCUUCUAUGUCAACCGGCGGUCCCGGGGACCCUCACACCCAGAUGAAUACAUAUCGCAGCUAUGUCACCAUGCUUGCGGACCCUGGGGCUAAGGACGAGAUCAAGUUGAAAGCGGCACAGGAACUAAGUGAAAAUUUCGAAGUUAUAUUAAGUUCACCACAAUACCCUCAAUUCCUUGACCAUUCCUUGAAAAUAUUCCUCAAAAUAUUGCAAGAUGGUGAACCUCAUUUCAUAGCAGAGUACAAUAUACAGCAAGUGAGGAAAUUGAUUCUUGAAAUGAUUCACCGUCUGCCUAUUAAUGACUCCUUAAAGAAAUAUAUCAAGGAUAUAUUGAUUCUGAUGCUCAAGUUGAUGGAAAUAGAGAAUGAGGAGAAUGUGCUGGUGUGCUUGAAGAUAUUUAUGGAAAUCCAUAAACAGAAUAGACCGGCUUAUAACACAGAAGUUGAUAUUCAUAAGUUUCUGCAUUGGGUCAAAGGCAUUUACUCAGAUUUGCCAAAUCAUCUGCCAAAAAUAUUUGAACCUAAACCUACAAUUAGGGUUAAAGAUCUAUCUGAGGUGAACAUAGAACAACUUCUCCAGGAAACAUAUACUACCACUCCUAUUCAUACUGAAAAGAAGCUUCUAGACGGUAGUGUGGUGACAUACAAUCUGAUACCUAGAUCUGUGCUAUCAUUGAAAGUGAUACAGGAGCUACCAAUCAUUGUGGUAUUCAUGUAUCAACUGUACAAACAAAACGUACACCAGGAGGUCAGCAAUUUCAUACCACUCAUUAUGGAGACCAUCACAUUGCAGCCAGCAGCAACACACAGGCAAUCUGCAUCUUUCAAUAAAGAAGUAUUUGUGGACUUCAUGGGUGCACAAAUAAAAACGUUAGCGUUCUUGGCAUACAUCAUAAGGAUAUACCAAGAGACAAUUGCCAAUCACGCCAAUCUGAUGGUCAAAGGCAUAAUCGGGUUAUUGACUUUAUGCCCUCCUGAGGUGGCGCAUUUAAGAAAAGAGCUGAUAAUUGCUACUAGACACAUCUUAGCUACUGAUUUACGAAUAAAAUUCGUUCCCUACAUGGAGCGAUUGUUCGACGAAGACGUUCUCCUCGGCGGCGGGUGGACAGUCCACGAAAACUUUCGUCCCCUCGCAUACUCCACGUUGGCGGACUUGGUUCAUCAUGUUAGACAACAUCUGCCCCUCACAGACCUCGCUAUAGCCGCGCAUUUGUUCUCUAAGAAUGUGCAUGAUGAAUCACUGCCAACGAGCAUCCAAACAAUGUCCUGCAAGCUGUUGCUUAACCUCGUGGACUGCAUCCGCCAACGUUCAGAAAUCGAAGGAGCGGCGAGCACAUCUGCGGGUGCGCAGCCACAGGGCCGUCAACUACUAAUGAGGAUAUUAGAAGUCUUCGUUCUCAAAUUCAAGACCAUAUCAAAACUGCAACUACCAGCGCUUAUGGCGAAAUGUAAACAAACAACUCCACCCACGAAUGGCACAAAUGGGACAGCUCCGGGUACCCCCACAACCCCUGUUCCUCAACCGAGCACAUCAACUGCUGAAGUCAAAGUGGAAGAAGAGAAGUUCCAGCCAGAUUUCCUGGACAGCACAAGCAAAGCCGAGGAGAAGUCCAAGAUAGGCUUCCCAGCGUCACAGAUGAGCAACCUCAAUGUGGGAGACUAUAGGACACUGGUCAAAACGCUGGUGUGCGGCGUGAAGACGAUCACGUGGGGCUGCGCUCAUUGUAAAACAACAAACGCGGAAGGCGCGACAACAACGACCCAGAAACAGUUCAGUGCCCGAGAGACCCUGGUGUUCAUCAGACUCGUCCGCUGGGGGCUGCAGUCGCUGGACAUCUACACGCUGGCCGCGCCCCGCGCGCCCGCCAUGCCCCCCGCCAUGCCCCAUGUGCGCUCCAAGGAGGAGAAAGAGGUGCUUGAACACUUCAGCGGAGUGUUUUCCAUGAUGAACUCUCAAACUUUCCAAGAGAUUUUCACGGCGACGAUUUCCCACAUGGUGGAAAGAAUCAACAAAAAUAUGACAUUACAAAUAAUUGCCAACACAUUUUUAUCGAACCCAGCAACAUCCCCAAUAUUCGCCACAGUUCUUGUUGAAUACCUCCUGAAGAGAAUGGAGGAAAUGGGAACUAACGUAGAGCGGUCUAAUUUGUACUUGAGAUUAUUUAAAUUAGUAUUCGGCUCAGUCAGUCUGUUCCCGACUGAGAAUGAACAAAUGCUGCGGCCGCAUUUACACAGCAUCGUUAACAAAGCCAUGGACUACGCCAUGACGGCUAAAGAACCGUACAACUAUUUCCUUUUACUGCGUGCCUUAUUCCGGUCUAUAGGCGGUGGCAGCCACGAUUUACUUUACCAGGAAUUCUUACCGCUACUACCCAACCUUUUAGAAGGAUUGAACAGACUUCAGAGCGGCCUUCACAAACAACAUAUGAAAGAUUUGUUCGUCGAGUUGUGUUUGACUGUACCCGUAAGGCUGAGCAGUUUAUUACCUUAUUUACCUAUGUUGAUGGACCCUCUAGUCUCCGCUUUGAAUGGGUCCCACACGUUGAUUUCUCAAGGUUUGCGCACACUGGAGCUUUGCGUUGACAACUUGCAGCCUGAUUUUCUUUAUGAACACAUUCAGCCUGUUCGCGCGGACCUUAUGCAAGCGCUGUGGAGGACUUUACAUAAUAAUGAGGUUGCAAGGAUCGCGUUUAGAGUUUUGGGCAAGUUCGGCGGUGGCAAUCGCAAGAUGAUGAUAGAGCCGCAGCGCCUUGAUUAUCGCGAAACUGACGCGCCUCCGCCAGCUGUGCAGGCCUAUUUCCAAGAUCAACCAAAACCGAUUGACUUCGAAGUAGAUAAAGUAAUAGAUACCGCUUUCGCUGCGCUAAAGUCGAGCACCACUGACCCAUUCUACCGUCGCCAGUGCUGGGAAGUAUUACGGUGCUAUUUAUCAGCGUCUCUUAACCUGGAUGAUGACAAACAAACGCUUCAAAAACUCUUUAAUCACCCGAGUUUUCUAGAAGGCAAGAUACAAACACAGAACGGACCUUACUAUAAAUGUUCCAAUACCAUCGUGAGAAACACUCAACGAACAGCUUUGACAGGCAUGUUUGUCGCCGCCGCCAUCAAGGAUUUGCGUAAUGACGUUCUGCAUACAAUGGUUACCCUCGUGCGACAUUACACUAUGGUGGCUAUAGCUCAAGAAGCAGGACCGUUUGCAGGCACAGGUGGUCCUAAAGAAGGUUUAGAUGCUUUAGUCCUCGUCGAUGCCAUAGCAGUUGUGAUGGGACACGAAGAGAAAGAACUGUCCAAGCCUGGUCAUUUGGCUUUAGUUUUGAUGAUUGAGACUGCGACGACUGUCCUAGGGAGCAAAGAGCGAGCGUGUCGUCUGCCGCUAAUGGAAUACUUGGCUGAGCGUAUGUCUGCGUUGUGUUACGAGCGAGCGUGGUACGCGAAACUCGGCGGUUGUAUGAGCGUCAAGUUUAUGUUCGAGAAAAUGACGCCAGAAUGGGUGUACAAGCACGUGUUUACGUUUUUGAAAGCUUUGCUGUUUGUAAUGAUGGAUUUGACUGGGGAAGUGUCUUCGGGGGCUAUAGAUAUGGCUAUAAUAAACUUGGAGAGGCUCGUGCGAGUGUGUGUGUCGGGUCCUGGAGGAGUGGCGGUGGAAGUUGAGGGCGAGGUAGCGGCCGCCAAGGCGAGAGCGCUUCACGAUGUGCUUCAAGAACUUGUGUUGCAAGUCACUAGUCCACAUCUGCUUGUAAGACAACAGGCCAUGAAAUCAUUAGAACUGAUAGCAGAGUUGCAGGGCAAGACAGUGACAGAUGUAAUGGAUCCACACAGGGAAGUCCUAGCAGACAUCAUACCUCCGAAGAAACAUUUGUUACGUCACCAACCCGCCAACGCACAAAUGGGACUCAUGGACGGGACUACCUUCUGUACUACUUUGAAACCAAGGCUAUUUACCAUAGAUCUGAGUAUAACGGAGCAUAAAAUAUUUUUCCGCGAGUUGCUAUCACUGUGCGAAGCUGAAGACGCCAUGCUAGGGAAGUUCCCCUGCUAUAAAGGUGUCAACUUAGUUCCGCUUCGCGCAUCUGCCUUGAAAGCCCUCGCCGCCUGCCAUUAUAUACAGGAUAAACACUGCCGAGAGAAGAUAUUCCAAGUUUUAUAUAAAUCCCUUGAGAAAAAUGACCAGGAGUUGCAACAGGCUGGUUUCGAAUGCAUGCAAAAAUUCCUGUCUGGUUUCCAAAUCGACAUGGAGAUGGUGCACCCUGUGAUGAGACCGUUGCUUCUAACUCUCGGCGAUCAUCGCAAUCUCAGCGUGAACGGCGCCAAGCGACUCUCGUACUUAACGCAGCUGUUCCCGUCCACGUUCAGCGAAAAGUUGUGUGAACAGUUGCUGCAGCUGUUGAAGAAACUGUUGGACUAUUCGAUUCAAACUGAUAGAGGUGGUAAUUUCCUCCAAAGCGUGUCAAAGAACAUGGAGAACGAGCAGAAGAUCAUAAUCCUCAUCGGCAUCUUCCACCAGAUCCCGGCCGCGUCUCCCCGCUUCAUCGAUGUGCUGUGCCGGCUGAUAUUCCACACGGAGAAGUCGCUCAUGAUCGAAGCCGGAUCGCCGUUUAGAGAACCCCUCGUCAAGUUCUUAUUGAGGUAUCCAAAAGAAACCCUAGACUUGGUGCUAAGCGACAACAACAUCAAAGACCAGCAAUGGAGUCGAUUCCUCGUGUUCCUAAUUAAGCACGCAGACGCUGGCGCCGCCUACCGUGAGGCAUUGCAGACUUCUAAGAAACCUCGUCUGAUGCAGCUUUUAGCAGCUAAUUCUAACACUGCUGUAGCCGCUUUACCUGCUGCAGAUAAAGCGGAGAUGCAAUUCCAGGCAAUAAGAGUCAUAUCGCUGCUGAUAAAAUUCGAUGACCAGUGGCUGUCGACGCAACACGACUUGAUUGAACUGCUCAAGCGGAUUUGGUGCAGUGAUCAAUAUCAUGAAGUACAUAAGAAAGUAGAGAAUGUGGACUGCACCCACUGGAAAGAACCUAAACUGAUUGUGAAGAUUCUGUUGCAUUAUUUCUGUCACCACCCGACCAACAUAGAUUUAUUGUUUCAAUUGCUGCGAGCAUUGUGUGACCGGUUCAUACCGGACUUCCAGUUUCUCCGCGACUUCCUCGAGCACACCGUGGCACAGAACUACACAGUGGAAUGGAAACGCUCGGCGUUCUUCCGCUUCGUGGAGCACUUCGCAAGCGACGCCAUGUCACAGGAGCUCAAAGCCAAAGUGCUCCAAAUGAUUCUCAUCCCAUGCUUCGCGGCCAGCUUCGAGAAGGGCCAGAAGAUUGUGGGCGGCCCUCCGGCGCCCUAUCAGGACAACCCGGAGAAUGUCGUCUCUGUGUUCAUCAAUAAUGUGAUUGACCCUGAGAAUCCGUUCGCGUGUUCGGAUGCAGUGCGCAUAUCACUGCUGCAGUUCGCGUGCUUACUGCUGGAACAGGCGUCCGCGCAUAUCCACGAUGCGAACAACAAGAAGCAGGGCAACAAACUCCGCAGGUUGAUGACCUUCGCCUGGCCUUGUCUGCUUGGGAAGAACUAUGUUGAUCCUGCGACCAGGUAUCACGGCCACCUACUUCUAAGUCACAUCAUAGCUAAGUUCGCUAUCCACAAGAGGAUUGUGCUCCAAGUGUUCCAUAGCCUACUAAAGGCCCACGCGGUAGAAGCCCGGCAAGUGGUGCGGCAAGCGCUGGAGAUCCUCACCCCGGCGAUGCCGCAGCGGAUGGAGGACGGGAACACGAUGCUCACGCACUGGACCAAGAAAAUCAUAGUGGAGGACGGACACUCGGUGCAGCAGCUCUUCCAUAUACUGCAGCUCGUCGUUAGACAUUACAAGGUUUAUUAUCCAGUGCGACACGCCCUCGUGGGCCACAUGGUAGCCGCCAUGCAUCGGCUCGGGUUCUCUGUGACGGCGUCGCUGGAGCACCGCCGGCUGGCUGUGGACCUCGCGGAGGUGGCUCUCAAGUGGGAGCUGCAGAGGAUCCGCGACCACUGUCCUGAUAUGGCGGUGGCUACGUCGCCAAGCGGCUCCACCAAGCGGAUAUCCGAGGACAGCGGGAGCAGCAGCGGGGAGCGUAAGGCGCUUAAUACAGGCUGGGCCAGUCCCCAGGCGUCCAGUUCUCGCCUGGAGCCAGACGCGGCCAAGCCGUUGGACAGACAGCACGUGGACGUGGUGGUCAACCUGCUGCUGCGCCUCGCCUGCCAGGUACAGGUGAACGAGGGCGGCGUGGGCGGCGGCGGCGGCGGCGGCGGCGGAGGCGGCGGCGGGUCGCCGGGCGAGCUGCUGUCCAAGCGCUGCGUGCUGCUGCUGCGCGCCGCGCUCAAGCCCGACGUGUGGCCGCAGCACUGCGAGCCCAAGCUGGCGUGGCUGGACAAGGUGUUUUCGUCAGCGGAUUCGAACGCGGCGGCGUGCGCGAACGCCUGCACUGCGCUGGAGUUAUUAUUCUUCUUACUCGGAGUGUUGAGGAGGGAACAGAUACUUGCGGCGUUGAAACCUCUGCAAAGAGGGCUGGCCGCAUGUGUAUCGUCGACCAAUCCGAAGAUCGUGCGUCUCACGCAUAAUCUAUUGGCGAAGUUGACAGCCCUAUUCCCUACGGAACCUUCGGGCGCAGCGCAGAGUUCGAAAUUUGAAGAACUAGAGACCCUGUAUGCUUGCGUCAGCAAAUACGCGUUCGAAGGCCUCGCUACAUACGAGAAGUCGGCCGCGGGCGGGGGCGGGGCAUCGGCCUUAUUAGGGCCCCUUAUGAUGCUCAAGGCCUGCUGCUCUUCCAAUCCUGCUUAUAUUGACAGACUACUGCAACCACUCAUGAGAGUUCUACAAAGAAUGGCAAGAGACCAUAUCGCGCCGAACCCUGAAGCGGCGCUUUCUGAACUAUUGAUAUUAGCACUGGACUUGUUGAAAGCGCGUGUUUCGGUAAUGCCAGUUGAAACACGCAAAGUCUUCAUUGGAAAUGUUUUGGUUGGACUCAUCGAGAAGACGAACGAUGCCAAGGUGUUGAAAGAAAUCAUCCGCAUGAUAGAAGGCUGGGUGAAGGCGCGUGGGGCGGCCGCCGCGGCGCCGUCGCUGCGGGAGAAAUCCAUACUACUGGCCAAGUUGAUGCAGUACGUCGAGAAACGGUUCCCGGACGACUUGGAACUCAACGCGCAGUUCCUUGACAUCAUCAACUAUGUCUACAGGGACGACCAGCUAAAAAUGACAGAGCUAUCAAUGAAACUGGAGCCGGCAUUCCUGGCGGGUCUGCGUUGUCAACAGCCGCACAUUCGCGCCAAAUUCUUCGAGGUGUACGACCAAAGCGUGCGCCGGCGGAUAUUCGAUCGAUUGCUUUAUAUCAUCUGCUCACAGAACUGGGAUCAUAUCGGACAACAUUUCUGGAUCAAACAGUGCUUGGAGUUAUUGCUUGUUACAUGCGUGUCGAGUACCCAAAUCAGACUAUCAAAUUCCAAAUACCUACUUCCAAACAUAGGAGCGGUGAUCAACUGGGCGGACAGCGAAGAGCGCAAAUCUUUCGCCAUUUACAGCUCCGUGAAGGAAGAGUCGUCUGAUGGGUUUAAUAUCUCAAUCGACUCUGAGAAGGAAGACGUACUCGAUAUGGACCUCGAUUCUAGCUCCAAUCAGAAGGAGGAUCUUACUAAGACCGUGAAAAAUAGACAAGGUCUGCUGAACCAAAUGGUGCUGAAGCAAUGGGAGUUCCUGGAGCAGGCGCGACGGACGAGGACGGAGCAGCUGGUGACGGCGGCCGCCCAGCUCUGCCACAUGGACGACAGCCUCGCGCACCACUCCUGGCUGAGGCUCUUCCCCAAGCUGUGGGCCGCGCUCGACGACCGCCAGCUGGGGACGGUGAUGAACGAGAUGGUGCCGUUCAUAAUCUCGGGCGUGCACGUGAACCAGCGCGACCAGCCGCUGAGCGCGCUUCACACUUUCAUUGAAGCGCUUGCGAGGUGCAACCCGCCCAUUAGCAUCAAACCGCCUAUGAUGAAAUACCUGGGCAAAACCCACAACUUAUGGCACCGGAUGACGCUCAACCUGGAGCAAAUGGCCAUCGAUCAAGCGAGUGGCCGCGCUCUCAGGGAAGCCCCGGAGAUAUACGAUUACGAUGUCGAGAGUACCACACCAACGGAAAUACUAGACUCGCUUAGUGAUAUGUAUGAGCUGCUACAAGAAGAGGAUAUGUGGUCCGGACUGUGGCAGAAACACGCCCGCUACCGCGAGACCAACGUCGCAAUCGCCUACGAACAGCAAGGUUUCUUCGAGCAGGCGCAGGCUGCCUACGACGUCGCUAUGGCUAAACUAAAGCAGGACUACGCGGCGAAUCCCACUUACAACAUGCACAAAGAAUGCACACUGUGGUCUCAACACUGGCUCAAGUGUGCCAAGGAGUUGAACCAGUGGGAUUCCCUUCUCGAGCUAGGGCUGAACAGGAGUGCUCGGGACCCGUUCCUGAUUCUGGAGAGCUCGUGGCGCAACCCUAACUGGCCGACCAUGAAGGAGGCGCUGGCCGAAGUGGAGUACAACUCUCCUAAGGAGCUAGCAUGGCUGGUGAAUCUAUACCGCGGCUAUCUCUGCAUCUGCGCGGGCGGCGAACAACAGAUCAACGGCGUGGAGCGUCACGCAGAAGCCGCCGCGGCGCAGUGUCUGCGAGAGUGGCGGCGCUUGCCGAGACUAGUGUCGCACGCGCAUCUGCCGCUGCUGAGAGCCGCGCAACAACUCAUGGAGCUGAGUGAAGCUGCACAGAUACACACUGGCCUCCUCCACAGUCGGCCGACGUCGCUCCACGACAUGAAGGCGAUAGUGAAGACGUGGCGCAACCGACUGCCCGUGGUCUGCGACCCGCUGUCGCACUGGGGCGCCAUCUUCACGUGGCGCCAGCACCACUACCAGUUCAUCGCCUCGCACUACGACAACCAGACUGAACACGCCUCGCACCCCAGCAUGCUCGGCGUGCACGCUAGUGCGCAGGCGAUUAUACACUUUGCGAAAAUCGCACGAAAACACAACUUAUCAGGCGUGUGCCUUGACUCCCUUCACCGAAUCUACACUAUACCGAGCGUUCCCAUCGUGGACUGCUUCCAAAAGAUCAGACAGCAGGUCAAAUGCCAUAUCCAAAUGUCCUGGACCGAGGGGAAGGAUGAGUUACAAGAGGGCUUAGACAUGAUAGAAUCAACAAACUUCAAGUAUUUCACAAAGGAGAUGACUGCAGAAUUCUACGCGUUCAAAGGGCUUUUGUUAGCCCAAUUAGGACGUUCAGAAGAUGCAAAUAAGGCGUUCGCUGCGGCUGUUCAGUUGCACGACACACUGGUGAAGGCCUGGGCCCUUUGGGGAGACUACUUGGAGCAGAUUUUCAUAAGAGACCCUAGGCAGAUAAAUGUGGGAGUGUCGGCUAUGACGUGCUUCCUGCACGCGUGCCGCCAUCAGAAUGAGUCCAAGUCGAGGAAGUAUUGCGCUAAGGUGCUAUGGAUGCUGAGUUUCGACGAUGAAAAGAGCAGCCUAGCAGAAUCGUUGGACAAGUAUUCUGUAGGAGUACCACCAGUGCAAUGGUUGCCCUGGAUCCCGCAGCUGUUGGCUUGUCUGGUGCAGUACGACGGCAAUGUCAUACUCAAUCUUUUGAGCCACGUUGGCAGACUAUUCCCACAAGCAGUAUACUUCCCCAUCAGGACGUUGUAUUUGACGCUGAAGAUCGAACAGCGCGAGAGACAUAAGACCGCUGAGAACAUCGCGGCGCACAUACCACAGCCAACUACUUCCGCGACUGGCACAAAGUUGCCGGAGAGCACAUCAUCCAGCUCCUCGAGCGCAGAGACGGGGCCCAUCAAGGCGACGCUGCCCAUGUGUCGCUGCUCCAAGAUCAUGCAGCUGCAGCGGGAGAUACACCCCACCGUCUUGUCCUCGCUCGAGGGCAUCGUGGAUCAGAUGGUAUGGUUCCGCGAGAACUGGUACGAGGAGGUGCUGCGCCAGCUGCGCGCGGGGCUGGCCAAGUGCCACGUGGUGGCCUUCCACCACCAGGCCGCCGUCGCCGACGCCACCGUCACGCCGCACACGCUCAACUUCAUCAAGAAGGUCGUCUCCACGUUCGGCAUCGGCAUCGGGAUCAAAAGUGUUUCAAGUAGUGUAAGUGGUGCCUUAUCUUCAGCUGGAUCGGAGAGCCUGGCGAGGCGCGCGCAGGCCACCGUGCAGGACCCCGUGUUCCAGAAGAUGAAGACUCAGUUCAUCGCAGACUUCGACUUCAAGCAACCCAACGCGAUGAAACUGCAAAACCUUAUUCAGAAACUACGGAAAUGGGUCAAGAUUUUGGAGGCCAAAACUAAGGUUCUGCCCAAAUCAUUCCUAAUCGAGGAGAAAUGCAGAUUCCUAUCCAACUUUAGCUUGAAAACGGCCGAAGUGGAGCUGCCCGGGGAGUUUCUCCUCCCGAAACACACGCACUACCACGUCCGUAUCGCGCGCUUCAUGCCGCGAGUUGAGAUUGUCCAGAAACAUAACACAUCUGCGCGUAGGCUCUACAUACGAGGACACAACGGGAAGAUCUACCCGUAUCUAGUGGUCAACGACUCGGGGCUCGGCGAGGCGAGGCGGGAGGAGCGCGUGUUGCAGCUGCUGAGGAUGCUCAACCAUUACUUGGGGAAGCAGAAGGAGACCUCACGCAGAUUCCUGCACUUCACCGUACCUCGCGUCGUCUCCGUGUCCCCGCAGAUGCGGCUUGUUGAAGACAAUCCUAGUUCUAUAUCGCUUUUGGAUAUUUAUCGGACUGAGUGCGCUAAUCGGGGUGUGGAGUACGACGCGCCCGUGGCGCGCUACUACGAGCGCCUGGCGGCCGUGCAGGCGCGCGGCACGCAGGCCUCGCAUCAAGUGCUGCGCGACAUCUUGAGAGAGGUACAAGCGACAAUGGUGCCGAAGGGCAUGGUGCGCGAAUGGGCUGCGGCCACCUUCGCGGCCCCCACCGACUACUGGACUUUCCGCAAGAUGCUUACCCUACAACUAUCUCUAGCAAGCUUCGCGGAAUACGUCCUCCAUCUCACCAGACUCAACCCAGAUAUGAUGUACGUGCAUCAAGACUCCGGCCUACUGAAUGUCUCUUACUUCAAGUUCGAUGUAGAUGACACCACAGGUGAGCUGGACGGCAACCGUCCGGUACCGUUCCGGCUGACGCCGAAUAUCUCGGAGCUGCUGACCACCAUCGGUAUCACCGGUCCGCUUACCGCAUCCGCCAUCGCGGUCGCCCGCUGUCUUGUUACACCCAACUUUAAGAUUCAAUCAAUACUCCGCACCAUACUACGCGACGAAAUGGUCACCGGUUACAGGAAGCGUUUGGAGGACAAAUCGGGAAUACCCACAGCAGGCACGUCUUCUGAAUCCAAACCAAUGGAAAUUGACAACGAAACUGUAGUCAAUAUGGUCAACAAAGCUGUCACCGUGAUUAUGAAUAGACUUAAUUCCUUAGCUCUCUUUGACGGCCCUGACAGCAAAGUGGCAACCCUAGUUACGGCCGCCAAUAACCACGACAACCUCUGUCGAAUGGACCCUGCGUGGCACCCUUGGUUGUAAAUAACUAAGUUUUUGACAUUUCAUCAUAAUAUCUCUAUAUUAUAACAACAAGAAUAACAACUAAAAUGUCUAUCUAAACAUUUUACUUGUUAUAUGCAUGAGACAUGACAUGAGAAUCUCCAAGACUCAAUAAGUUACGUCAUUUAAGACGAUGAAGAAAUAGAUAACACAUAGAGAAAUUAUUGAACCAGACGUUGAUUUGCCUUAUGUAGAUUAUUAAAAUAUCUAGUUAUGGAAUGCGGCUGAUAUGUAAAAAAUUAAACGCAGACGCCAAGUUAUGCAGCAAAUUAGAAUUGAAUACUAAAUUCAAGAGGAUUGAUAAUAUUGUCAACCAAAAGACCCAAGGUUAAGAGACCUAACCACAGGACCUAGCAUUAAACUAUUUUCAAUGUAUGAUGCGUUAUAUGACACUAGCACGAUAUCCCCGUACCAUUACGGGGAAUAAUACCAUUAUUAUAAAAGAACGACAUACGCACUUAUGUAUGUCUUGACGAUUGUCACUCAACAUAGCUUACAUUGUUGAUAGCAUAGUGCCAAUCAGUGACAGUUAAAAUUGUAACAAUCUUGUAGCAAAUUGGCGAAAUUUGUUACAUUUCAGCCAAUUGCAGAGCUCAUGGGUAUAAAGUUAAUGCAUAUUUUAUUACCCAUACCCGUUAUUAGUUCCAAGUCAUAACAAGGAAUUUCUAUUUGCCAUCCAAUUAUAUUUACCAGAGUAGUCGUCCUGGAACAUAUUUAUAGUCUGACAGUUUUUGUCUACAUAAUUACUUAAUAUAAUUGACUUGAAGAGAAAUAUGGACAGCAGUACUUUACGCAGUACAAAGUACAGGUAAUAGAAAUGAUUUAUUCACCAUUAUACUAUGAACGACGUAGUAAUGCUAUAACAGAAGAGAAAACUGGUGCAUUUGUCAAAAUGUCUAUUUCAAUUGCCAAUUUAACUAACAUUUGUUGAACUUUUUAAUUUAGAACUAUGUACCUUAGUGUAUUAAUUAGUUUAAGUAAAAAUUUAUAAACAUGAACAGACUGAGUGAGCGAUGUUAACAGAUGCAGAAUUCUGAUCUCUCGAAUAAGUUUUGAAAUAAUAAAGUUAGUACAUAUGA